UAGCUCAAUGGUUAGUGUAUCAGCCUAUCAAGCGGGAGACUUGGGUUCUAUCAGAAAGCGUCACAGUUGUACCGGCUAUUGUCUUGUGCUUUCCCGUUCAAGUGACAGCUAUUUUUUUGUUUAGCCGUGAAAGUGACAGCUUCUACUUGCUUUCUGUGAAGCGGGCGUACUUUAUUCCGGUCGGUUGAUCUAACCAUGGUAAUAGAUCGAGAUGUUAGUUCAAUAAGAAUUUAAGAAAUAGCCAUAUUUGUUAUUACCCCCUUAUGAAAUGAAGGAAACUUCACAAUCAAGCAUACUAGAAGAUGCAUCUUUAAUUAUCAAAUGUUAUUGAUUGAAACUUAUCAAAUGUUAUUGAUAUGUUGAGAAGGAAGCUUGACGCUAAAGAUGAUAUUCUAGGUAUUAAAAACUUUCCAGUAUCAAAGAAAAUGGAGAAAAAUUCUGAAUGCAUUGAAGAAGCUGAAUCUACUACUAGUAAGCAAACUUAUAUUUCUAAUUAUUCACAGACUAUAUUAAAUUCAUCAGAUGAAAAAAGUACUGUAAACUUUUUUGAACACACUGCUCAUUGUAAAAUAAGUAAAGAUGUUUCAGAACAUGACAAAAAUUUGAUUUGUAAUUCAGUUAUCAAACAGAGUAAAAUUAAUGCUAAAUCAUUAGAAAAGACUGCUCCCAAAUUAACUGAAAAUAAACAUUCUGUUUUAUCAAUACAUGAAGUAUUAGUACCAAUUAAUAACGCUGUAACACAGCCCAAAUCAGUUCUUGCUUCUUCUUUAAAAUCAAAUGAACAGCUAAAUGUGCAAUCACUGGAAUGUAAUAAAAUUACUGAAGAAUGCAUCAAAGAAUUCGAAGAAAAACAUGAUAUGUUUUCACAAAAUCAACUACAGGUGAAGAAUUUGCCUUCGAAAAUGCCUUUUGUGCAUCUUAUAAGAAUGAAAGAUACUGAAAUUGCAAGUUAUGUCUCGGGAAAGGUUAAUUUUGCAAAGCCAAGUCAAAUUAAGUCUUUGGAAGAAUCAACAAAGGAUGUUGUUGUAAAAGUACAAAAAGUUACUCCUAACGCAAUUCUUAAGCGAUUAGGUAGAGAAAAAGACUCUUGGAAAACAACAGGUAGAAGAGUCAAGUCAGUUCGAAACAGAAUUUUGGCACAAGAAAUGAAGAUAGUUGCACAGAGAAAAAAAGCUAAGGUAGAAACUAUUCCAAAGGAAAAAACAAAUUUUCAAGGACAACUUGAGAACGAUAUAUCUGGAAAACGAAAUACAACUAAAAGCAGGCGUGCAAAUGAAGCAAAAGCAGGGAACUUUGUUAGUCAAAAGUGUUUUCCCACUACACUAACAUUACAUGUUACCAAUUCAAGUCAAAUAGCUGAAGAUGAGUCAAAUGCGAGAGUGCUUGACCCUCCAAAUGAAUGCUUUCCUGAGUCAACUACUAACAACCUUAACCCUGGUCAUGGUCAUGAUGUUGGUGAAAAUACUGGAGAUAAGAUUCAGCUGCACAGUGAUUUAACUCAAUCAAGUAACACACAUGAAAAUCGGACAAGAAACUGUAGAGAGGACACUACACAUUGUGAAACUUAUUGUGUACAUUGUUAUGAUAUGCGUAUAUUUCAGAGAAUUGACUUUAACUCAAAUGCUUUCAUAGCUAUGAUAUUAGAUUCUUUUAUGUCAUCUGAAAUCGAUGAUUUAAAAAUCAGUGAGUGGUAGGUCUUAUCUGUACAAUAUAAGACACUUUUUUAAACAUCCAAGUGACUACAAAGUCACCAUCAAUCUCUAUUAUGCAUUGUUAAAAAGUAUACAUUAUCGUUAAUAUUUCUGUUCAUAAUCAUAAAUGCUGUAUUGUGGAUAUAUCAUAAUUCGUCUUUCCGUUCAAAAUGUAUGUGAUUUAAAAUGAGAUAAUAAAUGUAUAAAUAAUAAAUGUAUGAUUUAAAAUGGAUAUAAAUGAAAUUUCUUUGGAAUUUUAUAAGUAAAAAAAAAUACUAAAUAGGUUUAAUUUAGAAAUAAAACGAAAGAAAUUAAGUUGGAUUUUUCAACUCUUACUGCGAAUUUGAUAUGUAAAAAAUGACCUGAUGUUUCCAUGUAGCUGGGGUGUUCCUAAUUUCUGCCUGAUUUUCCAAUAAAAAGAAUAUCCUAAAUUUUGAUUAAAUGAUGCAUUUGUACCAUAUUAAAAAGAAAAGAUAUAGUUAUUUUGAAAAUGAUCUUGGGAUGAAUUCUAUUCCUCGGCUUUUCUAAACAGGGAAU